AUGAAUGGUAAGAUGGGCAAUGACAAGCAAUCUAUCAACUCCAGUGAUCAAUACUAUAAUGAUGAAAACGUUGCAGUAUACAAGCAGAAAUCAAAAAGUAAAAAGGGAAGAAAUAAAAAUAAAAGAAAAUCACAAAAUCAAAAUCAACCUGUAGAAAACAAACCAACCAAAAACGAUAAACUACCAGAUGAAAAUGAGUAUUCCGAUCUUUACUAUUCGGAUGAUCCUCCAUUUCGAGAUGUUAAGCAACAAGUAAUAGUAGAUAUAAUGCCACCAACAAAAUACAAAUCGAAAGACCCCAACUCUAAUCAAAAUUCUAUUAUUUCUAAUCAAAGUCAACAAAAUCAAAAUAACGAAGAUAUUCAAAUUCCAAAGAAAACAACAUCCUCACAAUAUGAUGCCAAACCAGAAAUUAAAAUACGUAAAAAGAACCAAAAACCUCAAAAUCAAUCUGAAAAAGAACUUCAAAAAGCAUAUAAUGAUUUAGUUGAGAAAAAUAAACCGCCACCACCAAUGUUCUACAUUCCCAUUCAACGUGAAUUACAAAGAAACUAUAUUAGGAGCUUAGAAAACGAAGAUUAUGAAGAAUCAGAAAAAAUUGAUUCUGCUUUAUGCACAACAUCCAGAGUAAUGGAAGAAGCCAUACUUACAGAAAGACAGAAUAGCGAGAUGCAAGAUUUCAAAGAACGUAAACAAAAUAUUAAUAAUCAAAUUUCAAAGAAACAAGCUGAAUGGAAGAACAUUUUUGAACAAUAUAAAGAAGAAACACAAGUUCAGCAUGACGAAUUAUUGAAAAGACAUCAAGAUGAAGAAGAUGAAUUUGCAUCUUUAUGGGGAAACCCAGAAAACCUUGCCUACUUUAAUAAACCUAGUGCAAAAUUGCUUCAGUUGCGAUCACGUCAAAAAUCACUUGCAAUUGCAAGGAAUUUUGCUGAAGCUAAAUCUGUUAAAGCAGAAGUAGAACAACUACAACAAAUCGAGAGCCAAGAAGCACAAAGAAGAGCUGUAGAUGCAAUGGUACUUGCACACCAAGCAAUGCAAGCAAGACACCAACGAGAAAUAGAUUGUUUCCUUGAAAAAAGCAAAAGAACAGAACAAUUUUUGAAAGAAGAAAUGAGAAAAGAUUUCCUACCUUUAGAAAUGCAAAUGAAGAAGCUCCAGAAUAACAUUAACAGCGGACGCUUAAUGAAUGGAAAGACAAAACCUAGAUCAAGAGAUAUUUCUGAAGCUUCAACUCCAAUUUCAAUAAAAGAUUCAGCAACUCAAAGGGCAAUGCAAAGGUAUAGAUAUAAAACAGAACCACUCAAGCUAGAUAUCAAUGGUAUCGACGUCAAAUCAUUGAUGAAACGUCCUCCAAGCUGUAUUAGAGUUACAAAGAAACAGAAGAAUUGA